AGGACAGCGCGAGUCCUUCUAAUAGCAACUGCAGCACUGCCAGGCCUUUCAGAUAACACCACCUCUUCACUCUGAAACACAGCCUCGAUCCGUCCUCGUUUACGCUCUGUUCAGUUUGUAUCAGCCAUGCAAGCUCAGGAAGUCCUCAGACAGCUGCGGAUUCCCGAGCUGGACGACUUUCGGCAGUAUGUCCGAGGCUUUCCGACGAACGCCCUCAUGGGUAUGGGCGCCUUCGCCGCCAUCACCACCUACUGGUUUGCCUCCAGACCGAAAGCUCUCAAGCCGCCAUGUGACCUUACACUGCAGUCACUGGAAAUACCUGGGGGAGAUCGUGCCAGAAGGUCAGUGCUGAAUGACAGCGACGGCGAGUACAUGACGCAUUAUUACAGCGACGCACAGACAAUAUAUGAGGUGUUCAUGCGAGGACUCAGGGUGUCAAAUAACGGACCUUGCCUUGGGUCGAGGAAGCCAAACCAACCGUACGAGUGGCUGUCUUAUCAAGAGGUGGUGGACAGAGCACAGCACAUCGGUUCUGCCCUUCUUCACAGAGGUCACUUUCACACAGGCGACAAGUACGUCGGCAUCUUUUCACAAAACAGACCCGAGUGGACGAUUUCAGAGCUGGCCUGUUACACGUACAGCUUGGUUGCGGUCCCGCUGUACGACACGCUCGGCACAGAGGCCAUCGGCUACAUUAUUGAGAGAGCCACCAUUUCAACAGUGAUAUGUGACGUAGCCGAAAAGGCUCGGAUGAUUCUGGACUGCAUCAGCGGCCAGGGAAAGACCGUGAAGACCAUCGUUCUCAUGGAAGCUUUCGACAAGGAGCUGGUGAGCCGAGCAGCGCAGAGCGGGGUUGAGAUUCUCAGUCUGAAGGAGUUUGAGGCCAUCGGUGAAGCUAAUCUUCAGAGACCAACGCCUCCCAAACCAAAUGACCUGGCAGUCAUCUGCUUUACAUCUGGAACUACAGGAAACCCUAAAGGUGCAAUGCUUACUCAUGGAAAUGUAAUCUCCAACACUGCAGCGUUCAUUAAAGUAACACAGAUACACAGCAUGCUGAACCUCCAUGACAUUCAUAUAUCCUAUCUCCCGCUAGCUCACAUGUUUGAACGGGUUGUGCAGGGUGUCAUCCUCAUCCACGGUGCGCGGAUCGGCUACUUCCAAGGCGACAUUCGACUCCUAAUGGACGAUCUGAAGACUCUGCAGCCAACGGUUUUCCCCGUCGUGCCGCGUCUCCUCAACCGCAUGUUUGACAAGGUGUUCAGCCAGGCCAACACACCCCUGAAGAGAUGGCUGCUGGAUUUCGCCUUCAGAAGGAAGGAGUCUGAGCUGAAAAACGGGGUGAUGAGAAAGGACAGCAUGUGGGAUAAACUCAUCUUCAAAAAAGUGCAGAUGAGCCUGGGCGGUCGAGUCAGACUCAUGAUCACCGGAGCAGCCCCCGUCUCUCCAACCAUCCUGACUUUCCUACGAGCCGCUCUCGGCUGCCAGUUCUACGAAGGCUACGGCCAGACCGAAUGCACGGCUGGGUGCACCAUGUCCAUGCCCGGAGACUGGUCAGCAGGUCACGUUGGGCCUCCUCUGCCAUGCAAUGCGGUAAAACUAGUGGAUGUGGCAGAAAUGAAUUACCUGGCAGCAAACGGAGAAGGAGAGGUGUGUGUCAAAGGAUCAAACGUAUUCAAGGGAUACUUGAAAGAUCCUGAGAGAACAGCAGAGGCAAUCGACAAGGAUGGAUGGCUGCACACGGGCGACAUUGGGAAAUGGCUUCCGAAUGGCAUUCUGAAGAUCAUUGACAGAAAGAAACACAUUUUCAAGCUGGCCCAAGGAGAGUACAUCGCCCCGGAGAAAAUAGAGACCAUCUAUAACCGCAGCGAUCCAGUGGCUCAGAUAUUUGUUCAUGGGGAUAGCUUAAAGGCAUGCCUGGUGGGCAUAGUGGUGCCGGAUCCAGACUUUUUACCUAUUUGGGCCAAGAAACAAGGAUUUGAAGGAUCCUACCUUGAGUUGUGCAGGAACAAGGAUGUAAAGGCAGCCAUUCUGGAGGACAUUUUGAUUUUGGGCAAAGAAGGCGGAUUAAAGUCUUUUGAACAGGUGAGAGACAUCGCAUUACAUCCCGAGAUGUUUUCUGUUCAAAACGGUCUGCUGACCCCCACCCUGAAGGCCAAGAGGAACGAGCUCCGGAGUCACUUCAGAGAGCAGAUUGACGAACUUUAUGCCAAAAUCAAGAUGUGAGCUGGAGCCGAGUAACUACCACAGCAUGGCCACGCAAACAACCGCUUCUUGAGAGGAUUCUGUGCAUUUUGUCUACCUGGUGAUGAUUCAAGUAAUUUUGUAGUCGUGUCAAACAAAUAGGGGCAACGGAUGUCAACUUAAUAGCUGAAAAAACGCACAGUACUCUUGAAAAUAGAAACCUGAACUUCUCAUGCCUUCACUGCCAGAAAAUUUCAGCAACUAAAAAAAAAGUGUAGACUUUUUUUUUUUUUAUUCUCGGAGAAAAUACUCUGAAGUGCUUUUACAUUGACUCAA